UGUUACCCAUCUUGUUUAAACCAAAAUCUUCCAAAUCUUGUGUAAGAACAUUUAGCAGCAACCAGCCCUAGCUCGCCAGUGAUGUUGAUGUUGGCUCCAGCAUCAUUUUCGAAGGAAACGAAGCCCAGGAUACCAUUCGAGUACAAACUGCACCACACAUUCACUGUUUUAGCAUGCAAUGGGGUCUCUAGAAUCUGCUCCGGCAGCACCGCACAUCGAAUAGGCAGUUUUGUUUGUUUACAUACCCAUUAAACCAAACACGAGUAACGUCUGAAAAAAUAAUUCUUUGGCAGCAACCUGCAAAGUUGUGCUUGAUCGAAUGGUCAUCUUCAAAUGAAAUUCCCAAAAUUUGAACACAUUGUUCAUGCUUAUAUUUUUGCAUGAUGAAAUCUGAACAAAUUAUAAAAAAUAAUGUCAAAUCACCCUUUAUUAUUGUUUUGUGUAUUAAGACCAUUUUGAAUUGUUUGGUCUUGUCAUUUUAGGACCAAUCGAACAAGUAUUCUAGGAAUAUGAAAGCAGACUAGUUUGAAUUCAGUAUAGUCUUUAUCUACCAAAUCCUAGCUGUUGUUGGAAUAUAAUGCAAUAUGCAGUAUAAUAAAAUACCUGACUAAAAUGGAGCUUGCUAAAGCAUUAUCGGGCCAAAACAAGGAAACAACCGAAAGAGCCAGCGGCACUGCAUCUAAACCCUCUAUUCCACAGAAUGGGUACGAUUCUUUCUCGUCCGAUAAGGUUGCUGUUAGCUUAUUUGAGCAUCAACGGCCAAGUGUGAAGACCGAGAAUCUGGAGGCCAAAAAGACACAGUCGACUUUAGACAGCAACACAAGCCUGAUCGAUAGCAUUGACGAUGCUAAUUUUGGAAGUGAUUUUUUAACAUUACCCGAUCAAGCAGAAAUGCAUUCGAAGCAGCGCACGAAAACCUACGGUGGAACCAAGUUAUUCGUCUGCGAGGUAUGUGGCAAAGAAUUCUCUCGCAAGUUUUCUCUAAAGGAACACGCUACCAUUCACUCUGGCGAACGCCCAUACAAAUGUGGUGUAUGUGGCAAAGAUUUCUCGCUAAAGCUACGACUGAAGCAACAUAUGAUCAACCACAGUACCGAGAGCCCAUACAAAUGUGAAAUAUGUGACAAAAAAUUUCUUCGUAAUAAUGACCUACAGCGACAUCUACUCAUCCACACAGGUGUGCGCUCAUAUAAAUGUGAAAUUUGCGACAAAGCUUUCACCCUGCCAGGUAACUUGAACACGCACAUACUUAUUCACAGAGGUGAUCGACCGCAUAAAUGCGAGGUGUGUGACAAAGAAUUCAAGCAAAAGAAUUAUCUGCGGCGGCAUGUUAACAUCCACACUAAUGAGCGUACUUACAAAUGUGAAAUUUGUGGCAAAGUAUUUAACAGUCUGUCCACCUUGACCACGCACAAACUCAUUCACAGUAGUGAACGGUCGCAUAAAUGCGAUGUAUGUGGCAAAGGAUUCCUCAACAAAUAUGGUCUGCAGCGCCAUGUUCCCGUCCACACCAACGAUCACCCGUAUAAAUUUGGAAAACAUGUACCCAGCAGAAUAGCAAAACAUUCCCUGCAGUGAACGACUGGUUAAAUGUAAAAUAUGUGAUAAAGUAUU